CACAGCUUCAAGUAAUUAAGGGCCUCUUCUUCUCUCUCUCUCUCUCUCUCUCUCUCUCUAAAAUGGAUCCGAAUCUCCUGUCCAUAGCCUUGGCCGCCCUGGCCAUCGUCAUCUCCUUCCUCUUGUUCAAGCGGUUCAGAUUCCGGCUCCCACCCGGUCCACGGCCCUUGCCGGUGGUCGGGAACCUGUACGACAUCAAGCCGGUCCGGUUCAGGUGCUUCGCCGAGUGGGCCCAGACGUACGGACCGAUCAUGUCGGUCUGGUUCGGCACGACCCUGAACGUGGUGGUGUCGAGCUCGGAGCUGGCCCGGGAGGUGCUCAAGGAGCACGACCAGCAGCUGGCGGACCGCCCGAGGAACCGGUCCACGGCCCGGUUCAGCCGGAACGGUCAGGACCUCAUCUGGGCCGACUACGGCUCCCACUACGUGAAGGUCCGCAAGGUGUGCAACCUCGAGCUCUUCUCCCCCCGCCGGCUCGAGGCUCUCCGGCCGAUUCGGGAGGACGAGGUCACGGCCAUGGUCGAGUCCAUCUUCCGGGAAUGCACCCAAACAGACAAAGUUGGGAAGAGCUUGGUAGUGAGGGAUCAUAUUGCACCUGUGGCAUUCCACAACAUAACAAGGCUUGCAUUUGGGAAGAGAUUUGUGAACUCAAAAGGUCUGCUAGAUGAGCAAGGGACGGAGUUCAAGGCGAUUGUGUCCAAUGGCAUAAAAUUUGGUGCAUCACUCUCCCUUGCGGAAUAUGUUUGGUGGCUAAGAUGGAUGUUCCCCAUUGAUGAAGGUGCUUACUCCAAGCACAAUGCUCGAAGGGAUCGACUUACAAAAAUCAUCAUGGAAGAACACACAAGAUCUCGCAACAAAAGUGGUGCAAAGCAACACUUUGUUGAUGCUCUGCUCACCUUGAAGGAUCAAUAUGACCUUAGUGAGGACACCAUUAUUGGACUACUUUGGGAUAUGAUUACGGCUGGAAUGGACACAACUGUCAUAACUACAGAAUGGGCCAUGGCUGAGCUUGCUAGGAACCCAAGAGUGCAAGAGAAAGUUCAGGAGGAAUUGGACCGUGUCAUCGGUGAACGCAUCCUGACUGAAGCUGACUUUGCAAACCUCCCCUACCUGCAAUGCGUAGUGAAGGAAUCCCUCCGGCUGCACCCCCCCACCCCUCUCAUGCUCCCCCACAAGGCCACUGCCAAUGUCAAGAUCGGUGGGUAUGACAUCCCCAAGGGAUCGAACGUGCAUGUCAAUGUUUGGGCCAUUGCUCGUGAUCCACAGAUAUGGAAAAAUCCCUUGGAAUACUGGCCGGAGCGGUUUGCUGAGGAAAAUAUCGACAUCAAGGGUAAUGACUUUAGAGUGCUACCAUUUGGUGCUGGUCGGCGGGUAUGCCCAGGGGCUCAGCUAGGCAUUAACUUGGUUGCUUCAAUGCUGGGGCACCUCUUGCACCACUUCAAGUGGACACUGCCUGAGGGUGUCAAGCCAGAGGAUGUCGACAUGUCGGAGAACCCUGGGAUGGUCACCUUCAUGCAUACUCCAUUGCAGGCCGUCGCCACACCGAGGCUGCCAUCCCAGUUGUACAAGCAUGUCCCAGCUGACAUGUAACUGAGCACCUCCUUUUCUUUUUUUACCAACUUAAUGUAUGGCACUUUACUAUGAUGUUUCUAUUGUUUCGCAGAGUGGAUUAUAUUUUGAAAAUAAGUUUUUAUAAAGUAGAUAUGAAACAAUAAGCAUUGCUUACAUUUGCUUAA